AUGUCGUGGUACUCGCCCAACAUGGCCGCAGCGGCGUCGUCGUCCCGCUCCCACCCAGGACCCGCCACGGCGCCAUCGCCUUCCGACCUGUCCAGCGGCGGUCAAAUCCCGCUAGGCUCGGCAGCACUCGAUGUGCCCCCGACGCCGACCAACGUCAAGAACCUCACGCCCAACACGUGCCUCGCAAUCGUCGAGUUCAAAGAUCUUCUCAGACAGCAUCGACAGGUAGACGAUACGAUCACGACGCGGCUCAACCGGCAUCUGGCGCGCUCGCGGGAUCAGGGGUACCUCUCUUCCCCCUCGCUCCUCUCGUCGUCGUCGCCCCUCUCGGCGUCCAACGCCGCCGACUUGGGCCAGAGCACGUACUCGACCGUGCCCGAGCAGGCGUGCGCCCAGUUCUGGAAGGAGCUCCUCGACGUCUGGAAGGGGAGGGAGGACGUAGUCCGGUACUGCAUCGGCGUGGCCGACCAGGCCCGAGGCCCCAGACCCUCGGGAACCGAAAGCAAGCUCGAUGCCGACUACACGCCGACGCCGACGCAGGCGAGGUGGGGGAGGGGAGAGGAUCAGAGCGAGUUCUUGACGAGACAGAUGCGCAACGAGUUGGCCGUAGAAUCCAUCAUCCGCAAGCGAUCCCUCGAAGCCUUCAAGUCCCGCUGUCGCUUUUUCCAGCCCUCGCCGCCUCCCGGUCCAGAGGGCGACAGGGAACGCGCAAUGUGGCUCGGCCGCGACACGCCCGCUGCCGUCGCGAGCGCAGCGGGCGUCUCGAGACCUUGA